ACCACCAGUUUAGCGGAGAAACGGAGACUUUCGUGCAAGGCCGGUGUAACAAUAUUGUUGUGCUGUUGCUUCAAACCCUGUGCUUCGUUUGCGUUGAGAUGACCAUGUCCUUUAAUCUACAGUUUUGACUCCAGAACUGAAUUCCAUCCAGAACACUAACCCCACAAUUUCCAAACCUGCGUGGAAAUUGGAAAAACUUAAAUGACACAGUAUGGUACGUUGGCAGUUACUGUACACUUGUGUUGUCUGUAUGCCACCAAAGCUCUGUAACUAAAGAUUAACGUCGUAUUCACUCAACCCAGAAACUCUAAUGCCAAUCUUCCUUUACAUUCAGCGACGAUGAGACCGGAGGAAAGUAUACUGUUGUCAGCGUGUUGGAGAAUGAUAAGAAAUGGUCGCUUGAAGAAUUGGUCGGUGGCGUUGUAGGAGUGGAUUUGUUUGCCACUUGUGAUUCUGAGUUUGCGUUUUCUCCAAUUGUUUACCGUGCUUUGAGAAAACUCGAUGGUUGCAGUUGGGGUUUUGGAUAUACAGCUGGCGUGGUUGUGCAAUGCAGUGUCGCGGAUUAGGAGGGUGGACAAUAUCAGGAUGGAAUGAGUCUGAUAAUAGAAGCAAUUCGGGGUCGUGGUUCUAGUGAAGUGUGACUCUAGGUGCGUGUGUUAGUUGUAGCUUAGACCUGUCACCCCAGUUUCUUGUUGGGAAGGUCGAGGAGAUUUAGAUUUUGAAGUUUAUCAUAAGAGUCUUUUUAAGUCGUCACGCUUGAGUGAAGCUGUCGGUAAUAUUAUAAAUAGUGUUUUGGUUUCUCCGACACUUCUCCGCCUUGAUUUGGGUUGCCAUUUAGACUUGAAAGGAUUUUAUGAACUUGAUUUCAAUCAUUUCGUAUUGCAGUAAGGCGAGCAAUUACAAUUCGCAGAAGUAAGGGUUCGAUUGAGAGUUGGUCGCAAUGAGGGAAGGACCGCAAGCGAGGGAGGCCCUGGAAUUGUUGAGUUUGCUUUGGAACCAUCCUGUUCUGACGGGCUUGCUAAUCCUCGUUUUCACUCCCCCUUUCUUCCCCUUGGUGGUCUACUUCUCCCCACUCCUCAUGUACACAGCGCUCUGCGUGGUGGCGCUUGUAAGCAUAGAGAAGUUCAAGGUGGGGGGAGGACCGAUGCAGCGAGAGAAUCAUCUCGGCGGAGACCCUGGGGUCAGCACAUGGGUGCCCACGGAUAGGCCAGGAAAUGCAUCUAUGCAUAGUCACUUUGAUUAUUGCGACAAUUACCUCCGCAACCUAUUCAAUAAUAUACACAUAGCUCCUGUGACGCCAAUGUGGACAGGAGACAAUGUUGGCGAUGCAACGACGACAAGAGUGACAGUUCAAUUGCAUCCGCAGCCAGUGGAAAACAACGUACAAGCACCAACGGCUGCAGAAAGCGACGACGAUUGGUGGGAUAAGUGGGUAAAGGAGUACGAGUCAAGAUCAGGAUGGGGAGAGCAAGAGGGUCAAGCAUCUACAACUCCAGAAAUCCAGACGUCGGAAAGAUCACGAGCACCAGCACCAGCUCCAGCAACGACCCCUUCACCCACCAUCAUCAGAAAGGAGAGCAACAAAGGCGUUUCAUCAAUGGCUCCUGGUACACCGAUCGGACGAGACAUGUGUGAAGAAGAAUGUCCUUCAGCUCCCCCUGCAGCUGAUACUGUGGCUUCCGAUGCAGCAUCCCAUUCAAAUCCAAUGAUACCCAGGGAGGAAUUGCCGAGUCCCUUUCAACCACCACCACCAUCACCAACGCGUCCAUCUUGCAAUCAGGAAGAGGUGGUGGAAGCUGUGAAGUUUUCGGAUUUGCAGGCUCAAAUUUUCCUCAUGCCAAUCCGCACAGAUAGGGAAAAACAAGUGGACAGGAUUUGCGUGCCUGCACAAGAAAUGUAUUCAAUUCCAACGAGGGUGGAUGGGGAGCGCGUCUCAGCUGCGCAAGCGUUGAAGGCCAUCAACAAGCUAUUGUCCGUGGAAAAGGGUGGAUAUACUCCUGCCAAUUCACUUCCAAGAAAUCUCGAUAGCGUUGUGAAUGCAAAGACUGCUAAAUUAGGGGAUUCAACCGCAACAGAGCCUCAGGUCAGUCUCAGGAAGGAAGCAAUAAGCCCUCAGUUGCAUGAAAAGGUGAGUGCGGUCGCCGGUAAAGGACACGCAGUGGAAGUAUCUGAGAAGAACAGGAACAAGAUUGAUUUUGGAAUUUCUACUGACGUUGCCGGAGAAACUCCUCUUCGACAAUUAAAGGCAUCGCGGUCGGAGAAGCACAGCCGGGUAUCUAUGGGGUACUCUCCUAUUCCGCUUCGCACUUCGAGAGGUCUGAAGUCAGAGAAGGUUCCAACUCCUCUCCACUUCUCCCCCCACCUCUUACAAGGCUCGCAACUUUUGGCUCCAAAAGGAAUCUCACCUCGUCUGCCGAAUCUGACUACGGUCCCUCUUGGCAAUCCUGUGGACAAGGUCCCCCAGUGGGUGUACGAUGGGAUUCCGAAGGAGAGCGCAGGAAGCCACGUCAAGGAAGCUGAAACUGCAGAGGAAAAGAAUACUGAGUCCUUCGAACAUGGCGUGAAGGUAUUAUCUCACAGGAAGAGGAGGACGCAUGCUCGUCGGCCGUUGCCAAUAGAAGUAGACGCUGAAACUCUGCAAGUACGUUCAUUCGACUUCAGCACGCCUAAUACACCGGGGUCAAUCUCAACCGAAUCAGUGACCCCUGUUGCCUCUCUGAGGAAGAAAACAUCCAAGCAAGGAUCUGGGGCUAGUUCGCCCAGUAGGGCUUCAGGAACAGGUUCGCUUCAUGGAGCCGCCUUGAUUGCAGAGUCCAUUGCACCAGGGGUAGAAGUGUCGUCUAAAAAAGCUCCAGUAGUAGCAUCUCCACGGACAGCUUCAUCUGCUGCAUCUCUUCGAGAAGCCACAACCGCCACUUCAACUCAGCAAGCUUCAAUCAUGGCAUUUCCUCGGCGAGUUUCGGGUGCAGCGUCACCCCAAAGCCCUUCAGUUGUGGCAUCUACUCAUGAAGUCACGUUUGCAAUUUCAUCUGAAGGAGUUUCAAUCACCGCAUCUCCUCGACAAGCCUCCGCAUCGUCAUCCUCUCGAAGAUCUUCAGUGCCAUCCUCACCUUCAAUGCCACAUUCUAGGAGGCGGUUACAUGGCUCCAAAUGCGCCACUGACCAACUAACUUUUGCAAGUUCAAGUCCACGCAUCGAAGUAUCACACUGUGAUGCCCAGCCAGGAGCUGAGAAGAAGGUAAAAGUCUUAGCUAGAGCAGCAGCAGAACCUCCAGAAGAAUUCACUCUAAUCGAGAAAAAUGCUUUGUUGGUGGACUCGAGAAUUCAAGAAGACUCAAUCGUUGCUGCACUCUCUGACGAAGAGGCGCUUCACUCGGGUAGGAAUCUCAGCCCACGGAGAUCACCAACAGGAAAAUCCAGGAGGCGGCUUGAACCAAGGAGAGUAGUGACAAGCGAAGAAAAUGACAUGUUCUGGAAGACGAAUUCGUCACUAAGGAUUUUAGAAUCUUCAUCUGACGACGAGCGCAAGUCGGUCACUCCCAGGAUGUCACGAUUAAUAGGGAAGACCGUAAAGCCACUAGUAUGGCGAUCACGCUCGAUUGAAAACCGGGAAGAUAGUGAUUGAGCUCUUGCAUCAGAAUUGGUAGAACGAGGCCAAGUAAACUUGACUUUCACCACGUUUGGCCGCCAACAUGAAAAUUCUUCGGCCACAGGUAUUGCUGCCGGGUGCCUUGAGUGUAGAAACCAUCUGAAUGGUUGGCUCUGAAUAGUUUCUAGUGGAAUACAGGUGGGUACCGUGCCAGGCUGCUCUGCAGAAGAGAAAGCUCUUAGCUGGUUGUAGAUAUGAAUACGCAUAGGAAUCUUCAUGGGAAACAUUGUUUUAGCCUGUAUAUGAGCCAGCCUGCUUUGAUGACCUAUUGGUCAGAAUGUUUCCUCACCUGCAUUUCAACGGCAGUCUCUCCACUUUCGACGCCACCCAUAAAUGAAUCAUUCACCAUUGCUCACCGAAACGAUUCAUUCAGGUGGGUAAAAUGCUCACAUCAAACAUGAGCUUAAAUCACAAGUAGGGAGUAAGGAAUAGGUGUUCAAGUUGAAUCUCAUGACCGAAAUAGGGGGAAAAAUCAGCAGAAGUGAGUUCUUGUUAAAUCGCUUUGUAAUGUACAUGACCUUCACAAUAUUUCACAUUUUGAUA